AUGGGUAGAGACGGCAAGGGUCACUCGCCCGACACCAGGCUGGCUGCGGCCUCAAACUCCGCGGCCUCGGCGGCGGCCGAGGUCCCUGCCGCCGAGGCGCAGCGGUCGUCUGCGCUGCGCGCGCAGAAUUCCGUGAGCGGGCGCAGCCUCCGGAGCGGCAGCGGGCACCGCCAGCGUCGGCAGCGCGUGGCAUCGAGCAACGCCAGCGUCUCUCCCCGCGGGACGGUGGUGGCCGCGUCCAUGGAGGACGGCGGGCCGGCAACGGCUGGCCCCCUUAUCCUCGCCUUCCGCUCCAGCGCGGCCGGAUGCCACGGCGCGGGACCUCGGUGCCGCGCGCGGGAGCGGCGCGGGCCAAGAAACAACCGCGGGCAGUCGCCGGAGAGCCCUCCGCCUGCGGCCCGGGCAGACGCCGACACCCGGGACAUUGCGCAGGCUGCCACGAGCUCCACGUCGAGAGCGGGUGGCUCUGUGAACCUCGACGGCCCCAUCAAGGCGCGGGCGAGCAGGCUCCUGGUCCCGUCCAAGACGAGAACCAGGUUCGUCGAGGAGGACGAGGAGCUGGAGAUCGACCGGGUCAACGUGAUCAAUGUUGCCGAGGUCGCCGAGCUCAAGCUGCGGCACGGCGCACGGAGGUCUACACUGAACUCCACCACCGCUGGCCAGGCCCGUGCAGGCCAGGCCCUGAGGCCGCCCGACGGGGUCGGCCCCGAGCUGGGUCCGUUCCGAGGCGGGGCGGGCUCGGACGCCGCGUUGGCCGCAGACGGGGGCCUCGAAGGGUGCCGUCUGCUGCGGGCCUCCGAGGACUUGGCUAAAGAAGACAAGUCCAUUCUCUGGGCUGCCACUGACUACUGGGAGCGGAAGAUGGGCGUGUUUGCCAACCACCCUGAUUUGGAGGACGACGUAUUCCAGUCAGCAUGCGUGAGAUGGGUCGAGGCGGACUGGGAUGUCGCGCGCCUGAAGCUGAACAAGCGGUGGUCCGCCAAUGAACUCGCCGAGGUCUGCCGGUGGAUCACGCAGUACGGCGAGCAGCUUUGGUUCCUGUACGUGGAGACGGCGAACCACGGCAGACAGGACAAGCUGUCCCAGGGCAUCGCUCUGGGGCCGUUCACUCGGAUGCUGGACGAGGCCGGCAUCUUCGAGGCGCAUCCGUCUGUGGCCAGGGACGCAUUCGAUCUGCUGUUCGUCACCUGCAAGUCUACCCCUCACUCGGUCGAGCAGGUUGGCACCGUGCUGUGCCCGGACGGCAUCGUGCGGUGGCAGUUCUUGGAGGCCAUCGCGAGGCUGGGCGAGUACUGCGCCUUCCCGGACGAGACGAUUGCGGAAGCCACGGGGCCGCAUCAUCGAGAUGCACCUGGCGCCCCUGGGGGAGCCGCUCAGCCGCUCAGGGCCGACCUGCAGCUGUUCCGGGGCGUGCUCUUCACGGAGUACAUCAACGACUUCUUCAAGGGCGUCGAGAACGAGCUCCAGACGAUCUUCCAGUUCUUCGCCAACUCUCUGGCGUGGAACAAGCCCACGGUCGAGUUCGGCAAGAGCGCGGUCUACGCCGAGAGGGCGAAGAAGCAGAGGCAGGACAAUGCGGAGACCCUGAGCGCGCAGGAGUGGAUGGCGUUCCUGCACGAGGGCGCUUUCUUCGACGGCCGGUUCCCCGAGCGGCUUGCCCUCGAGGCCUUCUCGAUCGGCGCCCACGUGAGCAAGGAGGAGGCCGUCAGCAGGGCCCACCUGGAGCUGAGCUUUGCGGAGUUCAUGAUGGCGCUCGCCUGGGUGAUCUACUGCAGGGCCGGGUGCCGCACGGAGUCCGUGGGGCGGUUCGCGGUGGGCCUCCAGGAGGCCUUCGGGCCUCCGCUGGUCAGCCUGCACAAGCGGGUCGUCGCGUGGCUGGGGAACCCGGCACCUGCGCUCGGGCUGGACGACAAGAUGAUGCAUUGGAGUGUGAGCGGCGCGUGGAUCAAUAAGAUGUGGCCGCUGCUGCAGGACAUCUUCUCGAAGGCCGAUGACGACAAGGACGCCAAGCUGUCGCCGCGAGAGCUGCGACUGGCCCUCGCCAACCCAGAGACCCGCGAGAAGCUGGCGGACAUGGGCGUGGAGAUCACGCACCUGAACACCUUCUUCAAGCUGGCCGACAGGGACGGGGACGGGCAGCUGACCACCAUCGAGGCCCUCCACGGGCUCGCCCGCGUGAAGCAGCAGCUCCGCGGGGACGAGAUCGCGCUGAGAUUCCUGCGCACGGCGCUGGCCACCACGCAGGACGCGGGCGCCGAGGACGAGGGCCGCCGCUUCGACCCAGAGCAGCUGGUCCUCAAGUCGACCUUCGAGAUGGUCGCCUGCGACCCCAUCUUCCAGUCCCGCAUGCUGGUGCUGGGCCUGGACUUCGACCUCAUGGACCUCUGGCAGUUCCUCGAGGCCGAGGCGGCCUCCGUGGGCAGCCUGGAGGGCUUCACGCUCGAGCACGUCCUCAACGGUUACGUCUCCUUCCGCGACCCGGUGCGCCACGCCGGCGACACCACCGUGCAUUUCCUCACGGAUCUGUUCUCCGACUGCGAGACGGACGCACGGGGCGGCAUCGACCUCGAUGAGCUCGUGCAGCUCAUAGAGGACCCCGUCACGCUCCAGCAGCUCCAGAAGAUGGGCUUCGUGAGCGACGGCAGCCAGGAGCGGCUGAUGCGCGACCUGCACAUGCUGUUCUUCAAGGUCGAGGAGGACGCCACCCGAGUGCUCACCGUGGAGGACAUCGUCAAAUGGUUCGUCCAGAUCCGGGAGAUGGUCCGGCAGCGCGAGCUGGAAGAGCGCGUCAGGCGCCUCAACAAGGUGCAGGGCUCAAAGUCGUUGAAGCUCGCCAGGAGCAAGACCAAGACGUUGGGUCGCUUGACUAACCCGAACGUGGUCAUGGAUGCGACCCGGACAGAUCCCGACGGAGCCGGAACUGGAACAGGCGUUAUGCGAAAGAGGACGACGACGUCGAACAGGCUGCAGACUUGA